UAUUUAAUUGGCAGGAUGGUGGGGAAAUGCUCCAGACCAGUGGCAGGCAGGCAGAGAGAGACCUGUGGAUCCUGCCCUUCUCUGCCCUAAACCCGCUCUCUGCUGCAAAGAAUAUGCUGCUCCCCACAGUCCUCCCUUUGCUCUUCUGCUUUGGCGUAGCACGCGGAUUCCGCCCCAACCACGAAUCGGGGGGCAUUGCUCCAACGGACUUCACGGAUGCCGACAUUACGGAAAAGGCGGUGCUUCAAGCUGUUGCCUGGUUCAUGGAGAAGAACCCCCUUCCUGGAAGGCCUCUCAUGGAUCCAGGAGCACUAGACGAUAAAACUGCGACUGAAAUAUUCAAGGCUUACUUCCAAGCUGACGUCUCCCCUAAUCGGUUAAUGAAAGCUAUUCAGGAAAUUGUCGACGGGAAUAACGAAGUGGAGAUGCACCACGGCGAAGACAGCAGUUUCUUCUUCAGCUGCGAAGAGAUUGCCAAAAGUAUCAAGCAGCUUCGAGUUUUGCAGAAGUCUAUGUUCUCCAGUCUGGAAAAAAACCCUCUGACCACAGCAGAUUUGGAAUCGGCUCGUCUAAGUGCUGGGAAAGCCCUCCAUGUGCUCCAAAAAUUCUACAGCAACACCAACUGGGUUGAAAUGGGAAAUGACGAACCGUAUCACUUCCUGAUAAACGAAGAUAGUUCUUCUGCACCUGUGACACCUCCUUCUGAGCAAACGUGCAGAGACUGCAUCAAAGAAAUAAACGGCAAGUACUCAUGUAAGAAUAACCUGGUGACUGUCAAGGAGAUCACAAGUGGGUACAAGUUAUCAGCAACAUGCAAGGGAAAACCACAAGGCAAAUGUGGACAUGGUGGGAAAGACGAUGUGACCCAAGAUGACUUUCCCACUGGGGGCAUUAACAAAGAGACCUCCAACCCUUUGCUCUCUCCACAUUCUGAUUUGCAUUCCCGAGCUGCUCAGCUAGCCAUAGAAGCCACAAAGAAUUUCUUUGUCGAAGAUGAUGCUAGUCUCUAUACCCAGGUGGGGGAAAAUAUUUUCCGGAAAUUUUUCAACUUGCAAGGCUUCUCCCUCGCCUUCGUGAUCGACACGACUAGCAGCAUGACGAGUGAAAUCGCGGAGGUCAAAGCAGCCUGCGUUGAAAUACUCCAGAAUUACUCCAAGUCCCCGGAUGCACCCUACAACUACAUUCUCGUGCCCUUCAAUGACCCAGAUGUUGGCCCUGUCUUUAAGACCAAUAAUGUGAACAUGUUUGAAUCCCAGAUCGCUAACCUCACCGUUGUUGGUGGAGGUGACUGCCCGGAGAUGUCGUUAUCCGGCCUGAAGUUGGCUCUUCAAGAGAGCUUGCCAAGCUCCAAAAUCUUCACCUUUACCGAUGACUUUGCUAAGGAUGCACACCUGAAGGAAGAUAUUGAAAUCCUCAUUGAAAAAACAGAAUCGGAAGUGAACUACUUUCUCACGGAGAAUCAUUGUCGGAGCAGCCGAAGUACUGACAGGAGAACCAGGGUUCGUGAGAGAAGUUAUGACAACCUCUACGAAGAACUAGCUGCGUUUUCUGGUGGCUCUUAUGUGAAAACCAAGAAAUCUGACCUCUCUCAGGUCCUGCGCAUAAUGGAGCUCUCUCUGAAUGCUGCCCCGGUUAAGGUGGCUCUUGCGCGUCUGGAUGGGACGCAGUUCCCCUUCCCGGUGGAUGAGACCCUCACAGAAAUCACCGUCUCAGUCAAAAGCAUCAGCUUCUCCUCUGGAUUCAGCAUGACUGUGCAGCAGCCCUCAGGUGCCCCGUUGGCUUCCACUCACAUGGUGAUCAACACGGACACCCACAAGGUUGUGAAGGUGUCUCCUAUCAAGGAACGGGGUUCGUGGACUGUGACCGUCUCUCGCAGAGGCAUCUUCGAAGUGGAAAUCGGGGGCAAGAGCUUGCUUGACUUUUCCUACCAGAUUAUGGAAAAGCAGAAAGAAUAUGUGCUUCCAAUCCAAGGACGACCUGUGACAGGAAUGAGCUACACUGUAUCCAUGAAGCUGCUGGGGGAUUCCAAAGGCGGUCAAGUCCAGCGACUGGUACCCAUUUCUGACCUGGGGAUCCCCAUAGGCUCUGUCUCUAUAAACCAAACUUCUGAUGCCCUCGGCAAUACUUUGGCCAUUGCUUCUCUUUCUGUUGAUACCCCGUCAUUCCUGCUCAGCGUGGAAGGCCUGUCUCCAGGCGGCCUGCCCUUUUCACGACUCAGCGCCAGCCCCAUCCGCGCAGAGAGCGUCCAGAUCGUGCUCUUGCCAGGCCAAAACCUCACCGUAUCAGCCGGCAGGACCUUGGAGAUCUCUGUUAAGGUGGUGAAUGCCGGGCAACCUGGUAUGUUCAACUUCAAAGUCUGGGAUGACCUGAAUUUCCUGAAGAGCUUCAGCCCGAAUAAUAAAUUCCUAAAUUCAGGAAAGGACGUCACUCUCACGGCAACCUUCUUGGCAGCCAUAGACAACAGCAUGUAUAACUCCAGCACUGCAACGUUCCUAGCUACAAGCGUAAGAGCCCAGAACUACCUGAAACUGCCCAUCACCGUCAUCCCUGAGACUGCCCUGGAAAUUGACAAGAUCCCACCAGUCCACAAGCUUCUAAAAUUCAACAUGCCUUGUGCAGCCAUCAGCCAGACCAGCCCCGACUGCUCUCACCACAUUUGGCGGAUGACGUUUUCCGCUAAAGGCGAUCACAGCGCUGUCAAUGUCCAAGUCGCCUCAAACCCUUCUGGUCUGGCUUGCUAUCCAGGGGAGGCUGGUGAUGCCAAGGAUAUCGUCUGUGACUAUAAGUCGAACUGCUGUUCUCCUUCCGCAGAGGUCCUGAUUAACGAUGGGGACGGGAACAUGGACACUUUCACUGUGGAUUACAAGACGCCCCAUCUUACGGCAGCCUAGUGAAUUGCAACACACACGAACAUAUAGGAAGCUGCAUGUGUACUGACGCAGAUCAGGGAUCCCUCUAGACCAGGACUACCCACUGUAGGAGCUGGCAACCAGCUGCAUGCAAGUCUGCCCGCUUAGGUCCUUGAUGUCCCCAUCACUGCCGCCACUUCUGCUGCUGCUUCUGCCUCCUGCCAUGCUCAGCAGCUAGGAAACAGGAAGUGGGCAGAUCAGGAGAAUUAUUUCCCUUUCUGCCGAGUUCCUGAUUUCUUGCUGUUGAAGUGAGUUUGGUAGGAGGCAGAAGUGGAAGUAUUGUGGGCGGAGAGGCAACAGAGGUCCUAGUGAGCACACUUGGGGGGGGAUGAGUGGGGGGGACACAGCAGAGGUAAGAAGGGAUGUAGCCGGGGUAGGGUGACCAUAUGGAAAGGAGGACAGGGCUCCUGUAUCUUUAACAGUGGUAUAGAAAUUUCAGCAGGUGUCAUUUGUAUGCAUGCAGCACCUGGCGGAAUUCCCUUUCAGGGGAUAAAAGCAGCAGGGGUGGGGAUAUGAAAGGAGAGGCAGCAGGGGAAAGCGAUAAAGAGGGGAGGAAGAAGAAGAGGAAGGGAGGAAAAAAGAUGGGAAUCCUAGAAGAAUGAGGGCAAGAAAAUGUGCCCAUGCAACUGGAAAAAAAAGUAUAAGAUGCCCACUCCCCACGUCCAAACAUGUAAAAUGGAACUCCCUUCCCAGGGAGGCUAGGCUGGCUCCCUCUGGGCUACAGUUUCAGAGGCAGGCAAAAACUUUUUUGUUUCAGCACGUUUUUGGAACUAUACUGGACCUGUGUUAAUGUAUUGGAUUCCCCCCCCUUUUUUUUUUUUUUAACCUAUUACAGUUUUUAAAAAUUUAACAUGUUUUUAAUUUUACUGUAGGUUUAAUUCUAUUUUAAGUUUUGUAAUUUAUAUUUAUAUGUUUUAAUCUUGUAAACUGCCUUGAGUCCCAGUACUGGGGAAAAGGUGGGAUAUAAUAAAAAUAAUAAUAAUAAUAACAACAAUAACAACAAUAACA